AUGGACGUCGAAGGCGCCUUCGACACUGUCCUUCAGCCAAUCUACCGCCUGAGCAACCCCAAGGGGCGCUUCGGCUAUGCAGACGACACUGCCGUCCUUUGCGUCGGAGACUCCCUGGAGGAGACUGCCCACAGAGCGUCGAAACAUGUUCACGAACUCAUGACAUGGGGCACCGCGAACGCGAUAACCUUCGACCCCAAGAAGACUGAAGUCAUGCACUUCUCCCGAACUACACCGAGGAAUGCACCUCCAGUCUUCCAUGGCGAGGUAGAAAAGCGGCCAGGCUCAGCCAUGCGGUGGCUCGGCAUCUGGCUUGACAGCACCCUGACGUUCAAGACGCACGUCGAGAAGUGGACUGCCAAAGCGCAAGCAGUGGCCUACCAUCUCAAGGAGGCGUGGUACCCGGGCAUGACCUGCCCGCGAUGGAAUAAGCCGGCAAAGGAAGGGCCAUCAAGAAUACGGCACCUCAUCCGGCGGAUGGACAAGUCGCUCAACACGGCCAUGCGAGCCAUCCUCCCGGUCUGGAAGACGACGCCGCUCAGCGCCAGGCACCGGGAGGCGGGCAUACCCCCGUCUCAAGUCCUCGACGAAGCGCACCCGCUUGCGGUGCGAACGAAGCCGAUCCGGGCCCCUGUCAUCAACAGGGCCAUUAAGUUAAAAUACCAGCGUCCACGACAACCUUUCCGGACCAGACUGCGUCGCACUGACGAGCUGCUCCCAAGGUGCGCCAGGCCAGACCUUCUCGCACAAUCGGCGGCAAACUUCGGCGAGUGGCUCCAAUCAGUUGCUCCACGGACAGCAAUCGUCUACUCGGACGGAUCCCUCUCCCGGAGGGAGCCGCGGAAGGAGUUCCUGGAAUUCCAGGCCUUGGCCGCAGAACAUGGUGCCACUGAGAUCCGCUGGAUCCCCGGCCACACCAACAUCCCAGGCAGCGACCAAAAGACGCAUUCAAAGCCUGGUGGGAAGUUUCUGCACCCCAACAAAGCCACCACGGGGACUUCGCUGAUUACCACGAAAGGUUGA